AGCCAGCAGAGGGCAGGUGCGGAGACCGGCAGAUCGCCCGGGGAAAAUGCACUUUGCACUUUCCUAGGAAUCCCACCAAAGCUCCUUCUCUUCCUCCCUCCCUCCCGCCCUUUCUCAACCUCUCUUUCUCUUUUUAUGCAAGAUCCAUGGCGUAGGCAUGAAAUCUGCAGCCGGCCUUGCAAAUACAAAUAAACUGUAAGUAAGGAGCCUUCCUCCCCCUUUUCCAACAGGGCCUCGGCGCGUUUUAUUUGACAUUUCAAGCAAUGCUAGAUGCGUGGGUGAGACAGAACUGGGGAACUGGGUGGAUGCCGCUUCCAAAUUUGAAACUCGGCUGCAAACCGAGUUUAGGGAAGCUUUUAAUGUUUAAUAAGUUACUGUAUUUUAGUGUUUUGUUGGCAGCUGCCCAGGGUGGCUGGGGAAACCCAGCCAGAUGGGCGGGGUAUAAAUAAUAAAUUAUUAUUAUUAUUAUUAUUAUUAUUAUUAUUAUUAUUAUUAUUACAACAAACCAUCAACCAGCCAAGGAAAAAACCUCAAUAAUCUUGAGUUCAGACCAUCAGUUAACCGUUCUCCUCGCUCAGCGUUGCCUGCGCGGACUGGCAGCGGCUAUCCGGGAUUUCCGUGUGUGUAUGUGUGUGUGUGUUUGUGUGUUUGUCUGCCCCACUUUUGCAUGCAAAGUGUGUCCCUCUGCCCAUGCUCUGUGGUCUCUUCCGUUGCAAACGAAGCGAGAUUCCCUCGGGGUUCAAAAGGGCGAGCUGCUUCAGUAGGAGCGAAGGAAGCUGACUUGCGCCCCUUGGCUCAACUAGUAUUGGCUGCACUGGCCGGCAGGGGAUGUCCAGGGAAAGGAGGCAGCCGCUCAUAUCCCAAACCCCCAUUCAGCCCCAAGGGGAGGUGUGAGGAGUGCAGAGUGCAGAAUGCAAAGGAGAUCCCAUGACAGGAAGGGAGAAGGAGGAAGCGAAUGCAGAGCAGGAGAGGGGGCUUUGGGGUGGAAGAAAAAUUCCCUAUUUAGAGGGAUAAUUCCUCUUGAUACCUUGGCCUUCAUUUCCCUAUACCAUGACCGCCUUCUUCUUCUUCUUCUUCUUCUUCUUGCCCUGUUGUUAUUAUUAUUAUUAUUAUUCCUGGGCAAAGGUUUAAAUUUGCUUUUAGAGGUGCUACCUGACUGGUUUUAAGAAAAUAGCUUAAAAAACUAAAGCCAUCUCCAAGGUCUCUUUCCUCCCCUCCACCUCGCCUUCUGCUGCAGAGACUAACAGGAAAAUCUAAAAAUAACUUUCUUCUUUGUCGAAAAAUAUUAAAAAAUUGUCCAGUAGCACCUUAGAGACCAACGACCAGCUACGUUUGUUUGUUUGUUGUUGUUGUUGUUUAGUCGUGUCCGACUCUUCGUGACCCCCUGAACCAGAGCACGCCAGGCACUCCUGUCUUCCACUGCCUCCCGCAGUUUGGUCAAACUCAUGCUGGUAGCUUCGAGAACACUGUCCAACCAUCUCGCCCUCUGUCGUUCCCUGAUCUUUCCCAACAUCAGGGUCUUUUCCAGGGAGUCUUCACUUCUCAUGAGGUGGCCAAAGUAUUGGAGCCUCAGCUUCAGGAUCUGUCUUUCCAGUGAGCACUCAGGGCUGAUUUCCUUAAGAAUAGAUAGCUUGGAUCUUCUUGCAGUCCAUGGGACUCUCAAGAGUCUCCUCCAGCACCGUAAUUCAAAAGCACCCAUUCUUCGGCGAUCAGCCUUCUUUAUGGUCCAGCUCUCACUUCCAUACAUCACUACUGGGAAAACCAUAGCUUUAACUAUACGGACCUUUGUCGGCAAGGUGAUGUCUCUCUUUUUAAGUUUGUUAGUUGGUCUCUAAGGUGCUACUGGACAAUUUUUUAAUUUUUUUCCGACUACGUCAGACCAACACCUACCUGAAUCUUUCUUCUUUGUGUGAACAGAACUUUGUUUUAGGAACAGCCAGCUUGUCAGAAGAAGUGCUUCAAAACAAAGAGAGAUAGAGGGGGAACAGAAGGCGUCGGUUUUUUGGUAAGAAGGGAGAAAAUAAAGAUAAGAGAAAGAGUCACAUCUAGUGGAUAUAGGAAACAUUAUAUAUGAGAAAAAAAUAAAAUUUGAAAAAAAUGAAUGCCAGCAGGCAAUGGCUUUAAGUGAAGAAUUAUGCCCUUAUAAAUACAAAUAUCUGGAAAUCCCAAAGGGGCUGCAAGGUUGUAGCUCUCAGACACGAUAUUUUAUACCCCCUGAACUAACAUAUAUUCAUAAGCUAACCGGUCACAUAAUUACAACACCAUUUCCCACAACAGUCACAACCCACCCAUAUGAUUUCCAACCAACCAGGAAUUAUUAUUACUAUUAAUUAGAUUUGUAUACCGCCCUAUAACCGCAGGUCUCAGAGCAGAAUCCAUUAGCUGUUCUUACAAACCCACCCUAACUUCUCAUUAAGCUAAUGUGCUGUUACCUAUUUAUUUUUCAGUGUCCUGUUUAUUAUUUACUAUAUUCAAUUAGAUGCAUGCCAAAAUUGCUUUCAUUAUCUAUGAAUAAUAUAGCGGUCAUACUAGUGUCCUAAGCAGUUUUUGUGCAGUGAGGAAAGGGGAGAAAACUGAAUUAAGGGAGGCAGCUAAAUAUCCUUUAUCCCUAACACGAUCCUUGGUUUCUGGUUCAAACUCCUGAUGCAGUGUUGUUGUUUUUUUAAAUCCUAUGCAGUGGAUGUGCAGGAGAGUGAGACUUGUCAGGCGCUGCUUCUUUGGGAAGGAGCAAGUAUAACAUGAAGAAACAAAUAUUUAAAAAUCAGCAGGAAUGAAAAGAGGAGUGGAAGAAAUUCUGAGCUGCUUGAGGUGUUGAUGCCCAUGAAUUCCUGCGCCCGCAAGAAGGUUUUUAACUGAACAGAAGGGAAGAGUAUCCAGUCUUGGGGAAAAUAUUGAAAUAUAAAUUAAAUAGACACUGCAGAACCCACAGAAGGGAGAACACCAUAUAAAUGAGGAGGAGCUUCAGUUGCAGUCCUGCCCUAAGGAUAAGAGAUUCCAGACUGGAAGAAUGCUUAUAAACACAUGAAUGGUACAAAGAGUUUCAGUUGUAGUAAAAACCAUACUUCACAUCAAACUGUAGAGUGAGGGAAGAAAGAAGUAUCUUUACUUCCUUUUUAAAAUCUUGAACUCCUAGGAUAGCCACCUUCUUUUCAUUUUUCCCAUAAUAGCCGAUUUCUGACAGUCUUCUGCCAUUGAGGAAAAACAGGUUGGAAGAGAGAUGGCGGGAAAGAAAAGGGGUCGAAAGAGGAAUGUGGGAAACCAGAGAAAUAAAACCUCUACUUCUCAGAGCACCAACGUCCGCAAACUCCCUGUUCCACAAGACCACAAGAGAAGAAGGGAAAAGUGCCCAGACUGUGGGAAGACAUUCACAUCUAUAUCAAAUUUAAACAGACACUGCAAAAUCCACACAAGGGGGGAGAUCUAUAAAUGCGAAGAGUGUGGAAAGAGCUUCAGUGAAAGGCAAGACCUUACUUCACAUCAGAGAACUCACAGAGUUGAGAAGCGAUAUGAAUGUGUGGAGUGUGGAAAGAGCUUCAGUUGUAUCAAAAUCCUCACUAUACAUCAAAGAACUCACACAGGGGAGAAGCCAUAUCACUGUGUGGAGUGUGGAAAGAGAUUCAGUCAAACAGGAGCCCUUACCAUCCAUCAAAGAAUCCACACAGGGGAGAAGCCAUAUGAUUGUAUAGAAUGUGGGAAGAGCUUCAGAGAUGCUGGAAAACUUGCGAUGCACCUAAGAAUCCACACAGGGCUGAAGCCAUAUGAAUGUAUGGAGUGUGGAAAACGCUUCGCUCAGAGAGGAGCCCUUAACGUACAUCAAAGAACCCACACAGGUGAGAAACCAUAUGAAUGCCUGGUGUGUGGAAAGUGCUUCUGUCAGAAAGGAGCCCUUACUGUCCAUGAAAGAAGCCACACUGGGGAGAAACCAUAUGAAUGCAUGGAGUGUGGGAAAAGCUUCAGUCAACAGGCACACCUCAUUUUACAUCAGAGAACACACAAGGGGGAGAAACCAUAUAAAUGUAAGGAAUGUGGAAAGAGCUUCUCUUGUACUUCAGUACUCAACAAACAUCAAACAAUCCACACAGCAUCGAGGCCCUUUGAAUGUGUGGAGUGUGGAAAGAAGUUCAGAAACAGGAGCUAUCUAACUAGACAUUUAAAAAUACACAUAGGGCUAAAACCAUAUAAAUGUUUGGAAUGUGGAAAGAAUUUCGGCCAUAGCGGAAGCCUUGUUCUCCAUCAAAGAAUCCAUACAGGGGAGAAACCAUAUAAAUGUAUGGAGUGUGGGAAGAACUUCCGUUGCAGUGGAAGCCUUAGUUCCCAUCAAAUCAGUCAUACAGGGAAGAAGCUGUAUGGGUGUGUAGAAUGCGGAAGGAGGUUCAAAUAUAGCUCAAAUCUUUUCCAGCAUAAAAUGGCUCAUGCAGGUUUGAAGCCAUAUGAAUGCGAUAAGUGUGGGAAAAGCUUCAGCCAGAGACAACUCCUUACUGUACAUCAAAGAAGCCACACAGGGGAGAAACCUUUUGAAUGCACGCAGUGUGGAAAGAGCUUCAGUAAGAAACACUAUCUUAUUAUACAUCUAAGAAUCCACACAGGGGAGAAACCAUAUAAAUGUGUUGAGUGUGGAAAGAGCUUUACCGUUGGCAGCUCUCUUUCUCUUCAUGAAAGAACCCACACAGGGGAGAAGCCAUAUAAAUGUGAGGAGUGUGGAAAGAGCUUCACUAUAAAAGGAAACCUAACUACGCACGAAAGAAUCCACACAGGCGUGAAACCAUUUAAAUGUGUGGAAUGUGGAAGGUGCUUCAGUUGCAGUGGAAGCCUUAAGAAGCAUCAAAGAAUCCACACAGGAGUGAAGCCAUAUAAAUGUGAGGAGUGUGGAAAGAGCUUCAGCCAAACAGGAAGUCUUACUACCCAUCAAAGAACCCAUGCAGGGGCGAUGCCAUAUGAAUGCAAGGAGUGUGGAAAGAGCUUUUGUCUUAAAUCACUUCUUGCUCAACAUCAAAGAACCCACACAGGGGAAAAGCCAUUUAAAUGUGAGGAGUGUGGAAAGAGCUUCACUAUAAAAGGAAACCUAACUGCACACAAAAGAAUCCACACAGGCGUGAAACCAUUUAAAUGUGUGGAAUGUGGAAGGUGCUUCGGUUGCAGCGGAAGCCUUAAGAAGCAUCAAAGAAUCCACACGGGAGUGAAGCCAUAUAAAUGUGAGGAGUGUGGAAAGAGCUUCAGCCAAACAGGAGGUCUUACUAAGCAUCAAAGAACCCAUACAGGGGCGAAGCCGUAUGAAUGCAAGGAGUGUGGAAAGAGCUUUCGUCUUAAAUCAAAACUUUCUCAACAUCAAAGAAGCCACUAAGGGGAGAAACUAUUUACACACGUGUGAUUAAAUCCUUUUCUUAAUAAGGCCUCUUUUUUAAAAAAAAUGUCUUUUUAUUGAAGCUUUAAAGAAGAGAUACAAAGAUUAGUAUCAAAUACAAAAUAUCUUUUUAAAAUACAAAAAGGCAAAAGAGGAAAAGAAAGAAAGAAGAAGGGAUGGAUUCCAAUUCCUUCUUUGUCAGCUAUAUAUAAACAAUUAUUGAAAAUUUUCACUCCAAAAUUAUACUUUCCAUAAACCUGUAUAUUGUUCAAUCUCCAAACCUAGAUAUCACAAGUUCAUUCCUCCCACCCACAAAAAGCCCAUAAGCGGUUUCCAAUAAUUAUUAAAUAAGAAUGAUUUUUCUGUGAUUAAGCACGUCAGCUUUGCUAUCUCAGCCAAGUCCAGUAAUUUCCACAACACUUCCUCCAUAGCAGGUAAUGUUAAAUCUUUCCAUCUUUCUGCAUAAUAAAAGUCUUGCUGCUAUAAUCAUGUUGUCAAAUAAUCGUCCACAAUCAUUUUCUAAUUGCAUAUCCAUUAGUCCUGGAAAGGAGGUCUUGCUUCAAUUGAACAUUAACUUCUAAAAUCUUCUGCAUCAAUUGAUAUAUUUGUGGUUCUUAGCAUUUUUACAUUUUGUUAGGAGGGGGAACUAGGAGACCAAGUCUUACAGCGACGUUGUGAUACUAGGCUGAAAAUGGUCAAUACAGAUAUAAUUGUGCUGAAAGAGAUUCCCCUGAAGAUUCCCCAUAAGAGAAAAGACUAAUUAUUUUUUACAGGUAAACUGAAACAGAAAAGAAUCCAGCUUAGAUGGGACAUACCAGAGGGAGUAAUUAUUUCUUUUGAAGAACAAAGGUUUACGGACAAAUUUAAAUCUGAAAUUGAAUAAACACAAAUACAAGAUGGGGCCAGGAAAUCACAGCAAUCACAACAGAAAGUGGAGAUUUGAAGAUACGAAAUUGGGUGAUAAAGGAAUGGACUUGCUUAGCUAGGGAUAUUUCAUAAUUUGAAGGGGGGAAAUUGCAUGUAGAAUUGUUUACAAGGAACACAGGGGAAAGGGUAUAAACUAUUUGAAUAAAAAAGAAUCUAGGUGAGGACUAACAGGACUGAAGAAAAGAAAGUGAGUUGUUUUAUAUAUACAUUCUCAACUCUGUUGAUACUUUCUAGUGAACAAGGUAUGUAUGUUGGACAAACUUUGGUUGUAGACCUCCAUACCCCAAAUGAAGAAAAAACAGCAUUUUAUAAAUAUACUUUGGUUAUCUAAAGCACUGGCUACUGGGGUUGAUAAAGUUGACAUAUUACCAUAGAUUUCUUCAGAUCACAAUCCAGUUAUAGUGACUUUUAAAAAGAAAAAAUGGUUUCUUUAGAUGGUGACUCAUUGAAAUGUAGCUGCAACAGGAAAAGGUUGUGCAGGACUGCAAACAGAAGCUAAAAUAAUUCUUUGAGAAUAAUUCAGGUAAGGACAUAGGGAUACAAAUGGUUGGGGAUGCAAGCAAACCUUUUGUACAAAUAAUUCUGCCUGAGAUUAGACAAGAGGGGAAAUAGCUGGAAUGUUCUCCAACUUAAACAAAUAUUACUUGGCAAAUUAAGAUGCUGCAAAGACAGUUUUCUAUGCUUGCAAUGUCUAUCUUGCAGAAAUGAUAUUGAAUUGAGCCGUACAUAUUUUUUUAUUUGCUAAUAAACUGGGCAAUGUUCGGUGUAUAAGCUGCGGAAGGAGAGAGGAAAGCUAUAUUAAAAUUGCAAGAAGGAAAUGCCGUAAUAACAGAUAAGACAAAUAUGAAAAAAGCAUUCCAUCAAUAUUAUUCUAAGUUGCAUAAAGGUCGGUUUCUUUUUUUGAAAAAAGAAGAAGAUGAAUACUUACAGAGACAGCAUUUACCAAAGAUUUCAAUUUCUCGAAGACACAUUUUGAAUGGUCAUAUAGCUAUUCUGGAAUUAUCUGAGGCCAUCAAGAAGGAAAAGCGCCAGAUCAGCUAUUGGCUUAUUAUAAAUGUUUUGAAGAUGAGCUUUCACAACCUUUGCAACGGACUAUGAACAAUAUUUUACAGAGUGGUAAGGUACCAGAUAGUUGGAGAGAGGCCAACAUUACACUUAUACCUAAAGAGGCUAAUUUUUGUUGUUUAGUCGUGUCCGACUCUUUGUGACCCCAUGGACCAGAGCAUGCCAGGCACUUCUGUCUUCCACUGCCUCCUGCAGUUUGGUCACACUCAUGCUGGUAGGUUUGGGAACACUGUCCAACCAUCUCAUCCUCUGUCCCCUUCUCUUUGUGCCCUCCAUCUUUCCCAACAUCAAGGUCUCUUUUAUAUGCCUGUUUUUGUCCAUGGAGUUUUCUUGGCAGGGAUACUGGAGUGGCUUGCCGGUUCCUGCUCCAGGUGGAUCACGUUUAGUCCCAAUGCCCCACUAUGACCUGUCCGUCUUGGGUGGCCCUGCACGGCAUAGCUCAUAGCUUCUCUUGAGUUAUUCAAGCCCCUUCACCACGACAAGGCAGUGAUCCAUGAAGGAGAAGAGGCUCAUUAAAUGGAUAAAAUUGAUUUAUACAUCACAGACAGCUCAGAUAAUUGUUAAUGGAGAAUUGACAAAACCCUGCGAGAUACAAAAGGGGACUAGACAAGGCUGGCUGUUUUCCCUGUUCCUUUUCAUUUUGGUCUUGGAAGUUUUGCUUAGACACAUUAGGCAAGAUGAGAAAAUGAUAGAGAUAAAGAUUUAAAAUGGAACUUUUAAGCUCCAGACCUUUGCUGAUGCUUGUUAUGCAGCGACAGACUGGCUUCAAUAUCACCAAUUAAAAGUAAAUGUUCAAAUUAGCUAGGCAAAAUAGUUUUAUGAACGGGAGUUCACAAUUUGAAAGGGAUCUGAUAGAAAAGGUGGAUAUAUUUUCUUUGGUAUAGACCAAAGACAGACGAUGAGCAUGUUGUUGCAAAAAUGUAUCAGCAUUUGUUGAAAUCUGAAAUUCAAGAAGUAGUUAACUAAGGCAUGCGUGGUUAAAUGGGCAAAAAAUGGUUAUAACAUACAGAUGGAACAGUGGCAACAUCUGGACCAAAGGGCCAAAAUUUACAUUGUAUUCUGAUCUUAAAAGAGAAAUUUUAUAAAAUGAGGUUCUGUUGGUAUUUAAAACCUGUGAGAUCAUUUGGAAGGUAAAAAGGAGUUCCAAAAGUUUGUUGGAAGUUUGAAAAAUAAGAAGGGACAUUUUGCUGUGCAUGGUGGACAUGCAAAAAAGCUUAAUAAGACUACUUUGAGACAAUUUGGUGACCCUGCGGGGCCGUUGUGUUGAAGUCAGCAACAGAGGGGGGUUGGAGAGGCUGUCCUGGGCUUCCCUCCUUCAUCACAGAAGUGACCUCAAACAGAGAGUAGCCAGACAUUGUUAUGCUGCAGGGGACCCAGAAGCAGAAGUCUUUUCGAGACAAAAUUCUUGGGAGGAGGGUGGCUGGGGGUGCAGGUUUGCAUAGGGGGCUCAAAACCUUGUGGAGUUGCCAUGCUUAUAAUUAAGAAAUGUUCACUUGUUAUUAAUAAAAUUUUGAUAGAUCCU